AUGAUUACCGACUUACAAGGACAGCAGACGGAGAUCAGUGAGAAGUUGAGAGUGGCGAUCAUCGUACGGAUCCUGGAACGACGCACUGAUAUAUCUCAAGUGCUGCAGUUUUUGCACGACGGUGAGCAAAAAAACAAUGAUCUGUGCAGAAAACUCACCAAACCCGCCAUUGCGAGAAUCAUCACGAGGUUGAUCAAAAGGCUGUAUCCAAAUCCAGAAGCAAUUUCCGAAGAGGAAACCGGUGGUUCAAGCGCUGAAAGUGCUUCCGAAGAUUCAACCUGCAUGGAGUUAGACGAACCGUCGUUAAAAGAGAAGCUGAAUCGUGCGAUCCAGAACAAACUCAACCGACCCAACAUGACGACAAAGUUACCAGCCUGGAACAAACUAUCCUGCAAGAAGUGUCUUUCUUCAAGGACCACAAGGUUCGGGGACCAAACCUUGAAAAAAGUGUAUUAUUUACUGAAAACAAUACCGCUAACCAGUUUUGAUCUAUCUAAAAGUCAAGAUGUGGAUAAUUUACUCAAUUUAUUAGAAAACGGAACAAUAUCGGAUCUCGAAGAAGAGAGUGACGAUGAAAUUGUACAGGCAAUACCACAAAAAAUGUUCGUGUAG